AUGGAUAACUCCACCCUCGUGUUUGUUCUCUCCCUUGGAGCGGCGUUUCUUAUUCUUAGAUGGCUCAUUAUGCCCAUUCCACAGUCUGUUCCAGAAGAGUUCAACGUUCCUGAUCCAACGAGACGAACGGAACGUCGUGCGAGACCCGCAACAAACCGUGCCGUCACAGAGUCCAUGAUCGAGGUUGUCCAGGCCAUGGCUCCCCAGCUCACGGUGUCUCAGAUUCGGUUCAGUUUGCAGAACACAGGAAGCGUGGAGGCUACAAUCAAUGAAUUCAUGGACAACGGAAAUCUUCCAUAUCCUCCGGGGGAGAGUGCUGCACCUGUCUCUUCUGGCUCUGCAGCUCUGGACUCGAGUGCUCACCGUAAGAAGUCACUUGUUGGAAACGGAAACUUGCUCGAUCGAUACGGAAUCACGGCUGCUGAUUUGCAAGACCCGGGGUACUUGGCGGGACUGGGACGGGACUUGGGCGACGUGACGCAACGCAAAAAAAUCGGCGUGAUUGUCAAUGCUCGGAAGAGAAUGGAGAAGACCUUGACUCAGACUGAAGGCAUAUGA